GGAACCCUCAAAGGUUUUGAUCAGACCAUUAACUUGAUUUUGGAUGAAAGCCAUGAACGAGUGUUCAGUUCUUCACAAGGAGUUGAGCAAGUAGUGCUGGGAUUAUACAUUGUAAGAGGUGAUAAUGUGUAA